GUCUUUAAGGCUCCGCGGAGCUCUCGCUCUCUGCUCGACGCAGACAGACCAGCUCUGCCGCAGCGACUCAUCCUAUCGAUAAGGUUCACUUAGCCAAGGUGGAGGAUGGGAAAAGAAUGGAGCUGUCCCAGCUACUCAAUGAGAUCAGGGCAAACUAUGAAAAGCUCCUCACGAGAAAUCAGAUAGAGACCGUGCUCUCAACAAGGAUCCAGCUAGAAGAAGAUAUGAGCAAAAAAAUGGACAAAGAUGAAGAGGCUCUAAAAGCAGCUCAAGCAGAACUCAAGGAAGCUCGACGCCAGUGGCACCACCUGCAAGUGGAAAUUGAAUCUCUCCAGGCGGUGGAAAGGGGCCUUGAAAACUCCCUACAUGCCAGCGAGCAGCAUUACCAGAUGCAGUUGCAAGACCUAGAAGCUGUGAUCGAAGGACUAGAAAAAGAGCUACAGGAAGUAAGGCGCGGCAUCGAAAAGCAGCUGCAGGAGCACGAGAUGCUUCUCAACACAAAGAUGAGGCUAGAACAAGAAAUCGCCACUUAUCGCCGCCUCCUAGAAAAGGAAGAAAUCAGAUACUAUGGUUGUAUCCAAGGUGAGAAAAAAGAACAAAAACCUACGACAAGUAGAGUUGGUUUUGUUUUACCUUCAGCCAUUAUAAAUGAAAUAUCUUUCUCAACCAAACUCCCACAAAAGUAUGAGAACGAAAAAGUGGAAACAGUGACCAAACAAGCAAUACUGAAUGGAAAUGUUGUGAAGGAAAGCACAGAGGCUCGUGGCACAAUUCAGACAGAGAAAGUGGAUGAAGUUAUUAAGGAAUGGGAAGGCUCCUUCUUUAAAGACAACCCUCGAUUAAGGAAAAAAUCUGUUUCUCUUCGUUUUGACCUUCAUUUAGCAGCCACUGAUGAAGGGUGUUUACAGACUAAGCAGGAUAAUCUACCAGAUAUAGAAGUCAGGCUUAUCAUGAGAAGAUCAUGUAGUAUCCCCUCUAUCAAACCUCCAUCCGGAGCUAAUUAAUCCAAAGACAAUAUUUGACUUGAUUUGAAAAUGACAUUAGGGUGGACCAAGGGUAGGCCAUAGGGUAGGCCAUACUGAUCACCCUCUGUCCCAAUUAUUAAGUAUGUAUGUUAUGAUCAAUGUGCAAUUCUCUUCAGAAAACAAACAGUAAGGAACAAAAUUUCUCUGAAUCUAAUUAUGGAUGUACUCUUUGAAGAGGGGGAGCUUAAAAAUAAAAUCAGAAAUUCAGUAUGGUUUCUAUUUUAUUUACUCCACAUAGUCUUCUCUUUUUUCCUUGAAAUGUUAUCGGAGACUGUAAGUGUUAAGCUGGCUUAAAUCUUUGAAAUUUCACUCAACUGGCCAAAAAUUCUAGGGAAAAAGAACAGUUUGUUUAAGUAUGAUUGUAUCACAUUAAGAAUCCUACUAACUUAUGCAUCAUUAUUCCAUGACUGGUUAUAUCUAAAAAGAUUUUUCUACUUAGAAAGGAAAACAAUUAUAAACAAACUUUUAAAGAGGGCUCACUAUUCACAUAACUAAAAAAAACUUUUUUUGAGACAAUUAUUUGCACACUUAGAAAAAAAACAGUUACUUUCCAUGAGCAGUUCUGAGCAAGCUAUAGAACACACCCCUCGCUAAUUUGAUGAUUAAAUAAAAUUAAGUUAAUCUUCAUACAAAAGCUUUUUGUAACCAUUAUCUGAUUUCCAGAAGAGUAACUUUAUUCAAAGAACUUGAAGGUUGUGUCCUCCCCCACAAAAAAAUCAGAAGGCCAGCGGCACAAACAAAAGAUGAAAAUCUCGUUGCUAUGGUUACUAGAAUAGUUCUCCAAUCUCACCAUCCCAACUUUUCCAUCUGUCAAGCUCAAUGUGACUAAUUUGGAUAUUCAGUGUGAGCAUUAGAUAAGAUACUAUAAAAAGUAUUAUAAAUAUUUCUUGCAAUCAUUUAUGUGAACUAUGAUAACAGUACUGUUAUCUAAGCUAUUUGCAGGAUUUAUGU